AUGAUGGGCUCAGUGCUCCCGGCGGAGGCCCUGGUGCUGAAGACGGGUCUGAAGCAGCAAGGACUGUCCCUGGCAGAGGUGAUCACCUCCGACAUCCUCCACAGCUUCCUCUACGGCCGCUGGAGGAACGUACUGGGCGAACAGCUCUUCGAGGAGAAGACCCACCAUGCCAACCCCAAGACGGCCUUCACCGCCGAGGUGCUGGCACAAUCCUUUUCUGGAGAGGUGCAGAAGCUGUCCAGCCUGGUGCUGCCGUCCGAGGUGAUCAUCGCCCAGAGCUCCAUCCCGGGAGAAGGCCUCGGCAUCUUCUCCAAAACCUGGAUCAAAGCCGGCACCGAGAUGGGGCCCUUCACCGGCCGGGUCAUCUCCCCGGAGCACGUGGACAUCUGCAAGAACAACAACCUCAUGUGGGAGGUUUUCAACGAAGACGGUACCGUGCGCUACUUCAUUGACGCCAGUCAGGAGGACCACCGCAGCUGGAUGACUUACAUCAAGUGUGCCCGGAACGAGCAGGAACAGAACCUGGAAGUGGUCCAGAUAGGCAACAGCAUCUUCUACAAGGCCAUCGAGAUGAUUCCUCCUGAUCAAGAGCUCCUGGUUUGGUAUGGGAAUUCCCACAACACCUUCCUGGGGAUCCCCGGAGUCCCAGGGCUGGAAGAGGAGCAGAAGAAGAACAAACAUGAGGACUUCCACCCGGCGGACGCGGCGGCCAACACCGCAGGCCGCAUGCGCUGCGUCAUCUGCCACCGCGGCUUCAACUCCCGCAGCAACCUGCGCUCCCACAUGCGCAUCCACACUCUGGACAAGCCGUUCGUCUGCCGCUUCUGCAACCGCCGGUUCAGCCAGUCCUCGACCCUCCGCAACCACGUCCGCCUGCACACGGGUGAGCGCCCGUACAAGUGUCAGGUUUGCCAGAGUGCCUACUCCCAGCUGGCCGGCCUGCGGGCCCACCAAAAGAGCGCCCGCCACCGUCCCCCCAACGCCUCCCUCCAGGCCCACUCGCCGGCCCUCCCCGUCCCCCACCCCACCUCCCUCGCCCACCACAUACCCACCAUGGUUCUGUGA